UUGGAUUGUCAAUUCGAAAAAACCAGGCAAUUCAAUUUGGUCCGAUUCGACUCGACCAAAAACUGUGGCCUAACGCCUUUUUGAAUACUCCUAGUUUGUAUUUCUCAAAUCAUUUCCAUUACUCCCCAACUCGAGUUACCCCCGGAAAACACCACUUCCAAUUCUUUUGUUCACCCUCGAACUUUCGUAGAAGUCGUCUCCGUUCAUCACUAGUCCCUCCUUCAUCGUCGGUGGUGGGCUUCGUCGUCUUUGGGUGCUCCGUUCGCCGACCCACUUUCUCGUACAAUCGGUUAUUUCUUUGAUUAGCCGUGGAGAUCUCCAUGGUUGUUCCAAAUGGUUGCCACAGCUCCAAGAAGAUAGCCUUUAAGCUGUGCAUGUCAGCCUUUUCAUCAAUCCUUGGCCACGCCUUCUCAAUUUCUGAUGCAGUGUAAAAAUAGGUCAGUCGAUAUCUGUGAAGAAUCAAAUGGAUGACUAUAUGAGGCAAUUCCAAGAAGGUUUAAUUGAGGUUGAAAUUGAAGCUGAAAAUCUUCUACUAGCAAGGCACCAGUUGGUUGAAAAUGAUAGAGUGAGGAAUGGCAAUAGAGAAGCGCUGACAGCUCUUAGAAAGAGGGCUCGAACAACAAAAACAAGCAUUCCUUUGCCUUUUGAGUCAAUAAUGGUUAGGGAUUCUGCAUCAAGGCCUCUCGUUAAGGAGGUGUGUGCAACUUGUGGCAACCAUGACUCGAUGGAGAAAACAUGGAUGAUGUUUCCUGGAACGGAUGUCUUAGCUAGGAUUCCAUUUCAUGCUGCUCACACCAUUUUGGAGAAAGAUCAAGCCCGACUUGACCAUGACACAAAAAAACUUCAAAGCUAUGUGAAGGAGAAGUCCUUCUCGAUUUCAGAAAAAGGAAUUCUUGCUGACAAGAUCAGUCCGGGUGUCCUGAGAUCUCUUGUGACCUUGAGAGACAAUCAAAAUAGAGAUGUUUGAGGAAUCUCCAGUUCAGGACAGUGACUAAUCAGGCAAGCAGCUUUAGAGACUGACUAAGGAAGCUUCAGUGAAAUGCAGAGAAUCUCUAGGAAACUAGCCUUCAUAUAUUGAGAAAGGAUAUGUACCUCUGAAACCAAAUGAAUUAUUGGGAAAUUAACCAGAAACAGACAAGCAACUACUGUUUAUGGACAAUGAUGGUGGAGAAAUAUAUGGGCGGUUUAAUUGCUUCUUUUCUUUGUAUUGUCCUAUGGUUCUCCCCCUCAACCAUAAGAGUGGAGAUUGUAGUUUGAAUUCAUACUCCGUGUGCACAGAUGAAACCCACCAACAUUGCUUUUCACAAUUUGGAUCAAUGCAUCUCCAUGGUGCUGUAGUAUUCACUUUUUAGUUGGAUCAAUGCAUCUCCAUGGUGCUGUAGUAUUCACUUUUUAGUUGGAUCAAUGCAUCUCCAUGGUGCUGUAGUAUUCACUUUUUAGUUGCAUUAUGCAUGAGAGAGGAGAGAUGUUGACAAGUGCAAGAAAAUAGCCUUGAUUA